UUUGUGAAGCCGACAGCGAAAUCAGGAGCAGGAGCAGCACCGCCCUUCUUUCUCCGCCCUCGGGGCACCGGCGGCGGGGAUCGCACAUAAAGCACACCGCGGGUGUUCAGUGUUGGAGAGAUGCCAUCAGAUGCCACCGCACCGCGGCAACUUCGCGUCGAGCACAUCCGAGCGCCACCCAGCGACGCUGCGGAGGUGCGGCCGCGUCCCGCCCCGUUCCUGCGCCCGUCCCGCCCCUUCCCCCGGAUGCGGGCCGGGAUGGCGCUGCCCACCCCGCGCUACGGGCACCUGGGCCCGCGGGGGCCCUUUCGGGACGUGUACGAGCCGGCCGAGGACACCUUCCUGCUGCUCGAUGCGCUGGAGCGGGACGCGGACAGCCUGCGGGAGGCUCGAGUCGAGAUCUGCCUUGAAAUAGGAUCCGGAUCUGGUGUGGUUUCAACAUUUGUGGCUUCUUCUAUCCUUGGACCCGGUGCACUGUACAUAUGCACAGAUAUCAACCCCAUGGCAGCUUACUGUACCCAGGAGACAGCUCUGCUGAACAAUGUUCACCUGCAGCCUGUCAUCACUGACUUGGUCAAAGGAUUAUCCCCAAGGUUAAAUGGGAAGGUUGAUCUGCUGCUGUUUAACCCACCAUAUGUGGUAACACCUUCUGAAGAGGUGAAAAGCCAAGGAAUAGAGGCAUCCUGGGCUGGGGGCAGACAGGGCAGAGAAGUCAUGGAUAGACUUUUCCCACUAGUACCAGACCUUCUUUCACCAGGAGGAUUAUUCUACUUGGUCACAAUUAAAGAAAAUAAUCCAGAUGAAAUUCUGGAAACAAUGAAGAAAAGUGGCUUAAAAGGCACACGAGUGCUUUCCAGGCAAGCAGGACAAGAGAUGCUGACAAUCCUCAGAUUUAGGAAAUCUUGAUGACUUUUCUUCACCUGCCAGGUAGUAGGCAUGAAGAAAAUUGAACACAGAGUUGUCAGUUGGUAAACACUGAAGUGAAUGCAAUCUGCCCUUUGUUAAUGGCAGGAACUUACUCAUGCAAGCAAAAGAUCAAGAAAGAAACUAACCCAAAAACUGAGCUAGGGAACAAAAUACCAAUGGGUGAUAAUGAUCUGAUAUCCUCUGACAUAACCAAUGCCAUACACCAGAGAGUCUCACUUCUACAAGCCACGCACACGUAUCAGUUUUAAUUUGUAGUCUUCAGUUGUCAUUGGUCAGAACCAGGAUCAUUUGACACCAUCAGCAUUCACCACAAACUGCAAAUUUACAAGCAGCAGCAUUAAGGUAUCCUUCUGUUGGCUUAAAAAGUUCUUUCCUCUCCCAGGGUCAGCGUUCUCAGCACGGAUCAUUUGGCCUUGAUUAAGGAUCAGAGUCCUCCACGUCCCUCUGACCUUCAGAGAAGAAGAAAGAGCCUGGUUAAAAUACACAGAUGCUCAGAGUUCAGCACAAAAGCAUUUGGAGGAAGUUUGGAUCAGGGCACAGAUGGAAAUACAGUAGCACUUUAUACAAUGCAAAAUGUGAAGGCAGAGUUAGGAGUUGUUUCACUUGUUCUCACAUAGCUGUGAGAGUUUUACUACUCAGGGUACUGAACUUCUCAUCUCUUCCAACACAUAUUCCAGCAGCAGAUAAGGAGGAUUCUCCAAUUCUUCAAUUCCUUGUUAUGAGUGCAACAGUUCUGCAACCCAUUAGAUACCUUCCCUCAGCUUCAGAGGUGGCUUCUCAAGGAAUGAUGGAAAAUUUUAUUUUAGUAAUUGUACAUAUUUAUAUUGCCAUUGGGAAUUUUUUUGAGGAAUACAAUUUUGCAAAUAGAAAUUGAAUUUUAGUCCUUUUCACUUUUUCCCUUCCAUUUUAAAGAAACACUAAUGUAGAUUUUCUGGUGUACACUGGAGGGUUUUCUGGGGCUCUCAUUGUUUUGUCUGUGGAUACAAAGCUUAAAUAAGUUGGCUUCAACUCCCAGCUUACUUUUGAGCAAAAUAAAAACCAAACGAGUUUAGAAGGGGUAAGAUGGAAGUGCAUAAAAGAAAAAAUCCCAUCAUGGUUCUGUAGAGACUGACUUGCAAGAGUUUUGUGUAAUGCUCCUAUAAAGAUUAUUUUGAUAUUUGUAAUAAUCUGUGUCAUUUUAGCAGUGCUUUAUCACAGGAGGGUACUGGGCACAGUGUAGUCCUCACAUCAGUCCAAAUUAGCACAGCCUCUUACUCAAAAACUUUUAGAGUUGAAAGUGGGAUGAUAAUUAAAUGUGGUUAAGCAAAAUAAUUGUAGAUCCACUGUCAAAUUAAGGAUAAUUUGGCUGCAGACUGGACCUAGAGCUUGUAGGAUUUCCAGAUUUCAAGCUCAGGUUUGAAUGCUACCAAAACCUUUGACCAUGGUUCAAAAGUACUUUGUCCUCAGGUGGUGGAGUUGUUAUCUGGCCAGUUACUGAAUAUUUCUCACUUAUUAUCAUUAUCAUCCUCUUCAGUUAAAUUAGGAGGCUCUGCUAUGGUAGUGAAAUAAGACCCAUUGUCUGCAGGGUGCAUUGAGCACUGCUUUGGCUUCUAUUCUCCACCUGUACUGUUUAAUAGCUACAGACAGGUUUAAUUAUGAGGCCACAUCUUAAUGUAAAUUUAAUAAUUGCUCUGAGCCAGCAUUACCUGAGGAAUCUACAGGAUUAUCCUUUUUAUCAACAUGACUGGAGAAACCUUUAUUGUCUGGGCAUUGGAAAGAGAAGGUGAUCCUGAGGGUCCAGAAAACAUCUCCCCUUCUCCGGCCCCUGUCUCCCCUCACAGAGUAAUGAACAAAGCUGCAGGGUUUUUUUUUUUGUUUUUUUAAACAUCCUCCUGCAUGUGAGGUUUUGAUUUUACAAGAAGCAAGAUAGCAGAGAGGAAGGAUACAAAGCUGGAUUUUAAACUUCUUCAGUGCUUCUGCAUGACUUAAAUUCAACAUCAAUCCAUUAAGAAGUUGAAAAAAUUCACUAUUCACACAAUAAUCUGCACUGUAAGGGAUGACUGUUUCUGCUGUUUGUUCUCAGGAUCUUCAUAAGGACAAGUAAUUUGGAUUUUGUGUGUUUCUUUCUUAGCAUGUCUUUAAGAUUUUUUUCCCUAAGAAUUUUUCAGACAUUGAAGCACUUAGCUGAACCUUCCCAAAAACUUUUACCUAUGCAAAGUUUCUUCAUAAAGUUAGAACCAAAUUGAAAGCAAACAGGAAUUUUGUAUAUAGCAAUUGUCACCUCUGCUUAUGAUGGAAAUGCUUACCAAAGUCUAAAUUAUCAAGUGUUUUUUCCAGAAUAAUAUUUUGGAAAAAAUAAUGGAACAACUUUCUGAAAUGCUAUGUUUGGAUUUCUUUUUUCUGUCAAAAAUUUUGUGUGCAGAUGGAGUGAUCAGGAGAACCCUACUGAUGUAGGAUGAGGAGGUGAAAAAGCCUGACAAAAGCUCCAAUCCAGCCUAAAUGGGAAAUAUUUAUGGAAGAGAACACCUUGAGUGUAACUGCACACACAGCAGGGCUCCUCUUGAGCCAAACCACUUCUACCACAAAUUGCAUUUUUGUGCACUGAAGACACCUGGUGGCUGCAUCCACAGCCAGCUCUGACAGAAAAAUUGGUUAUUCAGGGAAGUUUUUCUCUUGUGGAGACUUAAUUACCCCCUUGAGCCAUUCUAUUUUUAUGAUAUUUUUAAGAUACAAAGAGAUAUUUUCAAUCUCCAAAUGGUAAUUUAGAUUUUUAAAUUUUGUUUUUUAACUCAGUCCAUGGAUUUGAGAUACUGCAAGAGUAUAGUUUUGCUUUAAAAGCAUGUUUCAAGGUAUAGUAAAUGCUAAAUAAAUAUAAAAUAAGUAUUUGCAAGGUAAGGAAUGAGAAUCCUAAUCCUAAACUAUAAUUAGGAAAGGGAAAUGGCAGAAAAAGAUGUCACCAUUGUGUGUAAUAACUCUGUAACGUCUUUGUUGAAUCCUAAGAGAUAUCAGGUAUUUAAAAACUCUCAGUGCAAUUGAAUUCAAAGAACCUCUUCCAUUUAAACACAACUAGAACAGUUCUCUGUAUUAGAUAUUAUUUUGGAGGAAAAGGCUCCAAAGACAUGGGGUGAAUUUCAGACCCGAGGAUUGCUAUAAAUAGAAACUUUACCUGAUUCAGUCCCCUUUGUCAGGGCUGUUGCUACUUGGCUGAAGGCAAGUGAAAAGAAAAACCCAGCCAUAAUCUAUGCAAUGUUCUUUCUGUCCCACCUCAGUUUUUCUUCUGACAAGAAGAAAAAGACCAAAGUUCUAUUUUGGGGCUGCGUUUUUCCUGUUUGCAGGAAACCACAGGGUGAGACACAGCGUUCUGAGAGUGGGCUGCAGGAAGUCUGCUGCAAAUUACCCUUUAACACUGCGUGAAGGAGCUUUUAGUGCCUUAAAGGAGCAAUCAUGUUCCAGUGUCCCAUCAGCUCCUUGCCUGUCACUGGUGGUCUCAGAGCUCAGGAUUUGCUGCUGCACCAGCCAAGGCAGCCCCUGCAGUUUUAUUCCUGUAAUUCCCUGUUAGAGGAGGGGUCAGCUCCUUCCUUUUGAUGCAAGCCCUUCACAACAUGAGAUUCUUUGCAUCUCCCCGCUUUUGCCUCAGCAGUUUCAGUUUCAGGAGGUGAGCUGAGCCUUGUUAAACCAAAGCACACAUCUUGAGCCAGGUUCUGGAUUGUAGGCCCAGCUUGGGUGCUCUCAGGAGUGGGCUCAGUUCAUUCUGCCCAGAGCUGGUUAAAGCUCCACCUGGGGGACUUUUGUCUGUAAAACACUUCCCUAAGUGCAGCCAUGGGUAUUGUAGCUGUUGGAUUUGUCUUGGAGUAAUGAUAGGCUUCAGAAAUAAGGGGAGGGAGGAAGCAAUUUCAAGCUAAUUAUAGAAGAAUUGAGGUGAGAAAAUGUCAGUUACUGCAGUGAAAUUCAAUGCUGAAUUGGAGCUAUUUUGUACACUGGAGGACAGAUUAAAAAAACACUUGAGGCAAACCAAUAUACAAACCCCUCCUAAAAACCUCUCAAGUCCCUAAAUACUUUUCUGUCUGCUCUGAACAGAAGUACUGAACAGUACUUUCACCUGAGCUGCAGCAGCUCUGUAGUCCAACUCUGGUCCUGCACUUUGUGCUUCCACCUGAGAUGUGCUUGGUGGCUGCACAAGGCACAAAUUCCAAACCCCUUGUAAAAAAAGUGGUGGGAUGAGGAAAAAAAAAAAAAAGCAGAACUGUAAGAGAAUCUUCUUCAGCCUAUGCAACUAAAAAAUAUCAGACCUAAUUAUCAAUAUCACUGUGGCCUGAAAGCUGUGUGUACUUGAUCCUGCUGCAUCCUGGAUAUGGACUGAAUGCCUUGAUUCAGUUAAAAAGGUAAAAUGUCACCAUCAGAAUUUAGCAUGGCCUAAUUACUGAACUUUAAAUAUUUGCUUCACCUGGUUCUGCAUCAGCUUCUACAGAAACCCUGACUGAUACAUUGAUUUUGCAAGUGUGCAUGUGCUGUUUCAUACACAAAUUGUCCACACAAGAAAAUUUUACAAAGGGUAUGUUUAUUUCUAUUCUGCUUUUCCAUUUCACAACAAAAAGCACUUGAUCUUAAUGUGCUGUGACCUGGAAAUGACUGAAAAUGAGAAAAUGAUGGUUCAUAAAUUCAUCAGUCAAGAGGUUGCCUGAAUUUAUCAUUGAUCCAUCCUCAGAUGUCAAGACAGGUCAGAAUUCAGGAAAAGAAAUGUGUAAACAAUCAAACCCACACUUGAUGAUAAUUUUUGAUGGGUUGAUGUUAUUUGCUCAAUUUUCAUGAAGUCCCCAAGGGAGAGAAAUAAAACUGUGACCUUUUUGGAUUCUUCCACAUUGCAGAAGCCCUUCCUGCAAAGAUCUGAGGCCUUGGGUAGCUGCAAGAUCCUGUACUACAAAUGGUUUACUGCAGUGUCAAAAUGUACAAAAAUCAUUCCACCUGGUAUAUUCACUUGGAGCAGAAGGCAUCAUUAGGGAAUUUCUGUCACCAUGAAGAAAAUCAGGAGUGACAGGAAGCAGAGGUUUUGUAUAACCAGUCCUGAAACACUCAGUGUCAUUGCACAGGUAAAUCAACCAAAUGCUUCAAUAUCUGAUGUUACCUUAGGCUACAGCAGCAGCUCCUUAAAUUUUCCUGUCCCCAUCCAUUUUUGUGUCUUAUAUUACACCACUCUAUGGGAACUACCACAAGUUCUUAAUCCACUUGAUUGGUAAAAUAAGAGAUUAUGCAUAAGUUCCAUAAAAAAAGGAAUGCCUUUAUUUUUUUUUAAAGAGACCGUUUUUUCAUUACCAAGUGAAAACUUUACAAUGUAAAGUACUUCUCUUCAGUAUUGUUUUAAUAUAAAAACUUAAAUCACUUACUCUGGUCUUACUGUUCCUACAGGAAGUCUUGUGGCACUGCAGGACCUGGGUUUCUUCAGCCUCACUCUUGUAUCUAAUCAUAAGUUCAUGACUUAUUUUUUUAAAUAAAACCAUUUCUGUGGCCACUCACCAUCAACAAAACAUCCCUACCACCAAAACAAAAAUAAAGCAUCUUCAUCAGACCAAAAGAGACUAAACUCUAACAGCACUAUUACAGUGAGAAACUUUGUUAAAAUAAAAAUAUUUUGAAAGUUAGACACGACUUUAAAAUUGUACAAAGACAACAAGCACUCAAAUUACACAGAGUAAGUAGCAGUGAGUACAAUGUGAAUGCAACAACAGUAAGCCUUGCCUCUUUUUGUAUGUAAAUAUAAAUAGAGAUUAUCCUUGCCAAACUUCCAGCUUUUUUUUUUCUUUUUUCCUGAAAAUCAGCUCAUUAUGCUGCAAAAGCUAACAGGGAGCACCUCACUCUUCAGUUCAACAGAAUUGCUAAAAGGGGCUCUGGCUAAACCAGCCUGUCUAUCAUGAGAAUAUCCCAUACUGUGCAGAACAAGUUUCUCUCUCCACUGAAAAAUGAUUCCCAUUUAUUAUGCUGAAUGCUUCACCUUCCCAUGGGACCAGCCAAAUUACAGGCUUCAAAAUUAUUAAAAAUUCUGAAGCUUGCUCCUGUUUUUUCAAGAACAUGCAAGGUGAAACUAUCAUGGUGUGUCCAUGUAAGGAGCCACACAACAGAGAAUGCCACUGUUUCUGUUUUACUCUUUGCAACUUUUGUUUCAAGAAAAGUACUUGGGAGUAAUUUCAGCUAACUUGGCUAAAUUAGUCUUUAAGUAUUGGUUAGAGAAGAAAAUAUUUAUUUUAAUUUUUUUUCAGUUACAUUUAGAGUUCAAAUAUAUUCCUAAAACCACAGGGCAGAAAGUAUCCCUUAGAGCUUGUCUGCACAUUUGGAUAUAAAGUGAAAAGCUGACACUGUUACCAUGCUCCCUUUACUUCUAAAGUUUUCUUCUUUACAGGAAAUACAUUCUUGCACAAGAAAUUAAUCCCCCAUGGAGACUGUUCAAACAACUCCAUUACAGCCUCAAAACUAGGAUUUCGUUAUUCCUUAGGUUUAGAUAGAUGAGAAAACUUCUGCUGUAAAUCUUCCCUAAGAUGAACAACAGUUAAAAUAAACUUAUGUUUUAUCCAUCUGCAGCCAUACUGGCAAACUCAUGUUCUGAAUUAGAGUGUUUGCAGGACUCUGUUUCAUGACAGAAUGCAAUCACCUACUCAUAUUUUCUCUAAAAAAUGCCUUGAUGAUGUGGGUUAUGUUCAUGAUUUUAAACUUAUUCAUUCUUUCUAGAUUACCUGGAAGUGCUUUAUUUUUCAUAGCUUUACUCCAUUAUUAUUGUUUGUUUCAAUGGAUCAACAUCUUGAUUUUCAAAAAAGCUUGAAAACUUAUUGUGGCUUUAUUUUUAAAUGAAAAUAUCCUAUUAUUAGGACAGCAGUGUCCUGCAAAUUGAGUCCAUUACACUUGCCAAUUGCUUCAUUUUUAUGUAAAACUGUUAUUUUGAAAGCAACUUGAUUUUUUUUUCUUCUUUUUUUUUCCAGUUAUGCAGGAACCUAUUUAAUGUUCCCAUGAAGCAUUCAAAAUGUCUGUCAGUCUGUCAGUCAAGGGAAGAACACACAGCAUCUAAUCCUAUAUGAAAUUGUUAUGGGGUGUGGCCUGGAAAAUCCCAUGUUAGCAAAACUGAGUGAACUGGCCCAAACUCCUUUUGCCCAUCCCAUUUCUCUAGCUGCUUUUUUUUUCUCAAUAUUCCAUUAUUCUCCAUUUGCUUCAAUUCUAAGAUAGCAUUGCUGAGGUUUCAAUAAAGAUUGAAAGUUAAAGCAAGGUUGUUGUUUCACUGUGAGGAAACAGUGAGAAAAUACUUUCAGUUCUUGUCAGGACAGAAAAGGCUAUUGGCAGUUUACCUUUCACUUGGCUUCAGAAGAUUUAUUAAACAGUUCUAGCCCAAGGCAGUUAAGGAUUUUAAGGUAAACCCAAGCUUGUGCAAUAAAAAAUUAUAUUUAGGAAGGCAUAUCUUGAUCUCUAAGAUUAGAUUAAAAAGUUGCUACUGUUAUUUCUGCCUGAAGUCCUAGACCAGCAGUGGGCUGAGCACCCCUGGACUGAUGCACAUGGGUAGGAAACCUUCUGCUUUUUAGCUUUGUCCAUUUAUUCCAGCAGGUUUCACAGCAGGACAUGAAACACAAGUGCAUUUCUGCAGACUAAUUGCACAAAAAACCAGUUGUUACCAAGUAUCUAAGUCUCAGCCCAGCAAAGGAGACUGCUCUGGAUACAGGUGGGAAAUAGCUCUAAACCCAAAAUAAUCUGGUUAUUUUGUCUCUUUUCAUCAAUUCUUGGUAUCACUGUAAAUAAGCUGCUGUGAAACUCUGCUGGGGAAGGCAGCUGGACAACAGGCUCCACCCUCAGGAGCUAAAGCAUCCUUAUGCCAUUGUACCCAGGGAGAGGGAGGAUUCCUGUGCCCCCAGGAGAUGCAGGCACCUGUCUGAACCCAGAGCAUCUCCAGAUCUAGAGCAGGCAGAGGUCAGUUGUAUUCCAGCACUUUGCACAGUACUCCCUCAUUUCAUUCCAAACCUUUAUGGAACACUUGCGUUAGUGAACUAUUUGGCAUCAUCAUUUGGAAUAGCUUAGCAACUAUUAACUAGAUUUUGGAGAGAGUAACAUGAUUUAAAUUCUUCAAUUUCCCAUUUUGCCUUCUGCCAGUGCAAUAGAUGUGGCUGUGGCACAGAGUAAGAAAUACAGGUCUGUAAUUCCCUUAUAAGUUCAAAGUGUAUCUGCCUUCCUACUUGUGUUUACAAGUACUGAAGGACCUUUGCAGUAACUGUUUUGUUUUAAUCACUUCACCUCCCUUGACUGAAAGGCUGAUGAUGAGGCCAGAUGUGUAAAGGAAGAUGUGUAAAGGACCUUCAGGGAAAGAUGGAGCAGCCUCUUCUGUGCACAAUGAAAAAACUUCCCAACUCCUCAGUUUAGUCCUCUACCAUCCCCAAUUUAGAUUUAGCUUAGUCCUGCUAGUAGGAAAAAGGCAGUAAUCUCUGCUAAGAACUUGGUCCAGCAUAAGUUUCACUUGACAGCAGCUGCACUGCAAACCACACUCAGUUACUGGUUUGUCUACUCAGCUUUCAAAUAUUGGCACUGAAGUGGAAGGGGGCAUGUGAAACCAAGACAAAGGAACGGUGAUGUUAGAAAAGCAGACAUGGCAAACCUGCAGAACUCCCAGCCUUAUGAGAAUAGUGGAGUUCAGAGGUCAGUACAAGAGACUGGCUGGUUAAGCUGGAUAA